UUUAACUAAAAAGUAAUUUAGUAGGUACCUACAUCUUGUUUAAAAUCUGUAAACUCUGAUCUAGCUAAUGCGGAUGUACUUGUCGUAGCAUUUAAAGAAGAAAACUGCCCGGUACAAAGAAUAUUUCAUAGUGGGUUGCAAUUUGCGUUAGCGGUGUAUAAUGCUCCAAAGUCUGUAUGUAGAUAAUAUCGAUCAUCUUCGUUAUGCAAAAUACGUCAAGUUGACAAAGCCCAAUAAACCUGCAGUUAUCAAAUAUCCCGCCAACAAGGGAACUCACCAACAUUUUAUCGUAACGAAGUUUCACAUUCAUAAUAUUAAGCCACAUUUGGUUUGCUACUUUUUGAUGUGAUACCCAUGUACUGUAAGGUUGCUUCAGUUGAGGGAAACCCACACGGAAAACCGUUGUGGAACAAGUGCGCUCCCAUUGUUUCGCCGUGGGAGUCACUGUCACUGGACAUCUAAAGGCCUAAUCCUUCGCCCAUCUUCAAAUCAUAAAAGGCCGGCAAGCGGUAACGUAGGUACUUGUGACUUCGCUGGUGUAGUGGGUGGCCAUGGCCAUUAGUCGUAGGAAACCGGAGCAAGUGUGAUCGUUUACCGCCAAAAAAAAAACGGGAGAAAUUACUGUCAACCUUCUUAUGUUAAUUGUAUUGUACGAUUCUCAUUAUGGUACCCGCUAUGGUUUACGCAUACAUAGGUAGGUAGGUAGAUAUUUUAUCACAAUUGAUUUAAUUUCAUUGAAGGUAUUCAAAACAUGAACCAUUUUGUAGAAAUAAUGUUAAAUACUGUGGGUAUUCCUAAUCCCUAGUUACAAUAAUUGAAUACUGCGUCAGUUACGCGUCUGUCUCCAAUCCAGCAUGUCUUGUAGGCGCGCCAGACAGUGUCGGGACAAAUAUAAAGAUGGAAACAAAGUUACUUGUGCUGCUAAGGAGUGGAGCAACAACCGCCGGUGGAGCUAUCUCAUCGAGGACGCAGACAACAUGUGCUACGCCGUGGGCGGGUGCGCCGGCGCAGGUCCCGCGGCCACAUACGUGGCUGCGGCGCUGCAGUUCUUCGCUGCGUCCCAGUGCCUCUUGCAAGAGUCGUAUCCGCGACAGGCGCAUGUCACAAAUGGGUCCCGGUACGACUUCAUCGUAGUGGGCGGAGGCACGGCGGGCUCGGCGCUGGCGGCGCGGCUGGCUGAGGAGGACCGCUUCAGUGUGCUGCUGCUGGAAGCAGGGCCCAACCCUCCCGAGGAGAGCAUUAUACCAGGCUUAAGACAAACCUUGAAAGAAACGCCCUACGACUGGAACUUCACCACCAUUGACGACGGGGUCACGAGCCAGGCGCUGGCGGACCACGUGCAGCGACAGCCGCGGGGCAAGAUGCUGGGCGGCAGCGGCUCGCUCAACGACAUGGUGUACGCGCGGGGCCACCCCGAGGACUACUACGAGUGGGCCGACAUCGCGGGCGACGUCUGGAACUGGACCAACGUGCUGGACUACUUCAAGCGGACGGAGCACAUGACGGACGCCAAUAUCGUGCACAACGAGGAGCUCAUGCAGUACCACGGCACUGGAGGAGCCAUCGAGGUGUCGGGGGCGCACUACCCAGGCAGCCCCAACAGCAAGCUGAUGGAAGCUUUCCAAGAGUUGGGCUUUGCCGCGGUGGACGACAUGACGUACCCGUACAAGCUAGGAGUCGGCAAGUUCUCCCACACCAUCAGGGCCGGCCGCAGGGACAGCUCGCUGACUGCUAUGCUAAACAAAGUCAAAUCCGGUAAGCUGCACGUAAAGAAGAAUACAUUUGCGACGAGAAUUUUGUUCGAAGGGAACAAGGCGGUCGGGGUCCGCGCCGACUCGGACGGAAGAGAGUUAUUUGUUUACGCGAACAACGAAGUGAUCGUAUCCGCCGGCACGUUCAACACGCCCAAGUUGUUGCUACUGUCGGGCGUGGGCCCCAGCGAUGUUCUCAACCAGUUCGGCAUAGAUGUCGUGCAGGACCUGCCCGUGGGACAGGGUCUGCAGGACCACGUCAUGUUCUUAAACUUUAUGAGUGCUGAACGCGGAACUUGUAAGAUGAACGACAGCGACGGUUACUUUAACGUGAUCAAGUACCUGUACAACGGGUCCGGCUCGUUGUCUUACUCCGACAGUAUCGGCGCGUACCUGCCUCAGAAGGACAGAGCGGCCCACGUGCCGUACUUCGCCAUCUACCCGUCGUGCGUGCCGGCCGGACAACUGACCAGCGGCCAGUGCACGCGGGGCCUCGGGUUCACGAGCGACAUUUGUGACAAGUUGCAGAAGGAGAACGAGUUACGCGAGCUGAUAGUGGCCGCCGUGGUGCUGCUGAAGCCGCAGUCCCGCGGUAACGUCACGCUGCAGUCUCUGCACCCGGGCGACGACCCCGCCAUUUAUUCUGGCACUUUUGACGAUGAAGCUGACAUGGAAGGGUUCCCGGAGGCCAUCGAGAAAACGUUAUCCCUGGUGAACACGACAUACUUUAGAAAGCUGGACGCGCGGGUGGUGGACCUCACCCCGGAGAGCUGCCGCGGGCUGCAGGAGGCGCGGCGCACGCGCUGCUCGCUGCGCGCGCUGGCGCUGGCGGCGUGGCACGCCGUGGGCACGGCGCGGCUGGGCGCGGUGCUGGACGCGGAGCUGCGCGUGCGCGGGCUGCGCGGGCUGCGCGUGGCCGACGCCAGCGUCAUGCCCACCAUGGUGCGCGGGAACACCAACGCGCCCGUCGUCAUGAUCGCGGAGAUGGCCGCCGACUUCAUCAGGAAUCAAUACGGACUCGAGUAACUUUUGUAUACAACACUUGUAGAGGAUUAGGAGGGAGGAGAUAUACGUACGUAGGUACCGCCCGCAACUGACGUAAGUCAUUAUUAUUUGACGAAGUUUAAUUAACAUUUGUAUAGUAUGUAACUAUGUAGUUAAAUGACAAAAUGAGCAGUAGUUAUUCUACUUUGUAUUUUAGAAAAUUAUUUGACAUGGCCAUUGUUGAAACAAAAAUAUUAAUUUUAAUUUAGCAAUUUACUAGUGUAAGUACUGCAAGUACCUGUAUUGUAUAAUUCAUAUACAUGUUUAGUGUUGUGACGAUACUUUA